CAUCCCCAGACCGUUUCGGGUUUGUCAUUGUAUGUUGUGCACUCCACCUUGCAAUGAUGUCUGCUGCCUCUCUCACCUGUUGUGUCGUGGCUGCUGGUCCCAAAGUUUCUGUAGUGCAUUUGGCUGUUCCCACCAGAACUUGAAGUUGUUUAAAAAUCUUAAUAUUUGGGGGGCUUCCAGUGAUAUCUGCUCCAACCAGUUGGAGGAGCUGUUGCCUGUUCUCCAUUCUUUUCAAGCAUUAGAUUAGAAUAUAUUAAUUGCUUAUUUUAGAACUGGUGUCAGUCGUGCUGAAUUCUUUCUGUGGUCAGAGCAAAAUUCACAUUUUCCUAAGUGUUCAAAUACCGUGUUUUGGGAAACGCAUAAGGAGAAAGAUAGUGUGAGUGAGCCUAUCAGUUUGGAAGGUGUUGGGCAGAGCUUUUGUCCUGGGACAUCCAUCAUCUGUGCUCGCAAUGAUCCUUUUUCCCAUUCCAUCUCAGCCCAGUCUUUUAAAAAAUUCUUUCUCCUUUGGGCUUGACCAGUAAGUUAUUGGGAAAGGGGGGCGUUAGAGUCUUGGAGAUGCUGUUUGGGUAUGUGUGUUCGAUUCAUUAGUAUCCCGACUCCCUAAAAUUGUGUUUGACAGUUCUUGACAGGUUACCCCAUAAGACAGUGAAAAUAUGACUAGUUCUCUCGGUGCAUCUGAGUGUAAUUUUCUUAUUUUAUGAGUGAGAAAGCAGACAUAAUUAUCACAUGCAAUAUAGAAUAUUUACUCUUGGAUCCUAAAUUGUGUACAGAAUUUUUUUUUUCUUUUCAUGGGACUUAGACAGUGGCUUUCAACAGGGGCCAUGACCAAAACAAAAAACAAUCAGAUUAAGAAAACUCUUUACUUAAUCUUUUGCCUCAUCCUUACUUGAAGUCCUUUAAUUCCAAUCUCAAACUCAACAUAGAGGAGGGAUAUUGACUUUAUGUUUAGUAGUCAGUGGUCAUAUAUUGGAGGGAAAAUGACUUUCUUAGUAGUCAGUUGUCAUAUUCUCAUGUAGCAAAGAAAAUUUCUUAUCCCCAAGCCAUGAGUUUUUGUGAAAAUAGUUGUUUUUCUUUUCUUUUUUUUUUUUUUGAGAUGGAGUCUCUGUUUCCCAGGCUGGAGUGCAGUGCUUCAAUCUCGGCUCACUGCAGCCUCUGCCUCCUGGGUUCAAGCAAUUAUCCUGCUUCAGACUCCAGAGUAGCUGGGAUUACAGGUGUGGGCCACCAUGCCUGGCUAAUUUUUGUAUUUUUAGUAGAGGCAAGUUUCGCCAUGUUGGCCAGGCUGAUCUCGAACUUCUGACCUAAGGUGAUCUGCCAGCCUUGCCCCCCCAAAGUGUUGGAAUUACAGGCGUGAGCCACUGCACCUGACUCAAUAGUUUUCUUAUAAAAAUAUAUAUAUGUGUGUGUGUAUAAUAUAUAUACACAAUUUUUUUUUUUAAAUUAGAGGUGCGGAUCUUGGUAUGUUGCCUAUGCUGGCAUUGAACUCCUGGACUCAAGCAAUGCUCCCACUUCAGCUUCUCUAGUAUCUGAAACUAUAGGCAAGUGCCACCAUGCUGGCAGGGGCUUUAUAACAGGUUUUAAGGAAAUGUAGCUCCUGUGUUUAAAGAAGGAACUAUAGAAGUAGGAGAUAAUGAGGGCCCUUGUCCAGAUAUAGAAGGGAUUAAAGGAGAAAGGAUUUCAGGUUUCCUUCUGAAUUCCUGUGUAUGUUGUUAGAACCCCAAAUUGUAGGUUUUUUGUUUUAUUAGACCAUAAUUAGGCACUUGGCUAAUUUUGUUAAGGAACUGAAGGCCAGCUUCCCGUGAUUUCAAUACCUGAAUUUACAUUGCCUGCACACUGUAGGUCCAACCAAAUCUCUGGGUUGUCUUUAGAAACAUUUUAUGUGAAAUAACCACAAAUGAGUGACUUGUUUUAAGGGAAAUUUAAGCUCCUGUGGUCUGGGAUUAAAUUUUUAUACCUUUUCUUGUAUGCAAUAAGGCAUUCAGUAAAUGUUGGGGAAUGAUAACGAUGAACAGUAAUUACUGAAAUUAAUUUUUUUUCAUGAGUAUUUUGAAAGGCAUGCUGAUUUUUUGGUUUCUGAAGGGACUAUGAACUGUCAGUCUUUAGAAACAGUCUGCAGUCCUACCUCAACAGGAAGUUAAUAUAUACAUUCAGCUUCUGUCAGAUGUCUUUAGACAAGCCUAGUGCUUCAUGCUGAAGCAGGCUUAUUCAUCUACACAGUGCUACUGUGAAAAAUUGGAGGGUGAGGGGAGACUCUGUGGGCUGUUGAAUUUCACAAAUGUCUACUUUAGAUGCACCUUUCCUGGGCCUGUAAUCAUCCAGGAAAUGGGAUAUCUGAAUUUAGAUGUUUGUGUGUGACUAUGUGUGAUGCUUAUUAACAUGUAUAUAUAGCGUAUUUGGAAAAUCAAUCUUAAAAUACCAAUCUUUGAUUUUGUAAAAAACAUUUCAGAAAAUGUUCUAAAGGACAUUUUCCUUCUGUUCUUUCAUGUUUUCCUUGAUAGCUAAAGCUAGUGUUUUUAGUCUGAGCUUACCCAAAUAUAAUUUUCCAUGAAUGCUUAGUAAAAUGGCAAUGAAAAAGAAACACACUUGUUACAUUUUUUAGAAACAUUUUAUUUAGACCAAGUCCAAUAUUUUUUGAGUCUCAGGAUACAUGUUAAUUUUUGUGCCCUAUGUAUCAUACAUUUCCUUAUUAACUAGAGGGUGGAUUACCCACUUUCUUGGGUUUUCAGUUAGUACUUUUAUCCAUCAGUAUUCUACUAAGGUAAACAGACUGGAAGAUAAAUAGUAAAAGGAGGUGAAAUCAGAUUAAUUUCAGGUGUUUCCAGAAGAUUAAAACCACAUUGAGAUAUCGGAAACUUUUAAUCCUUGAGCAACAAGAAUGCUUUGUUUGAAGUUAUUUGAAUGUAAUAUGGACAAAACUUGGGAAAUGAAUUUUUGACUACUCAAGGAAUAUAAGUGGAUUGCUUGUAACUUAGUAUAUAUAUAUUUUUCUAAAGUUCAUUUCAGAAUUAGGUUAAUGCUUUUUUUUUUUUUUUUUUUUUUUCCUGAGACGGAGUUUCGCUCUUGUUACCCAGGCUGGAGUGCAAUGGCGUGAUCUCAGCUCACUGCAACCUCCGCCUCCUGGGUUCAGGCAAUUCUCCUGCCUCAGCCUCCUGAGUAGCUGGGAUUACAGGCACACACCAUCAUGCCCAGCUAAUUUUUUGUAUUUUUAGUAGAGACGGGAUUUCACCAUGUUGACCAGGAUGGUCUCGAUCUCUUGACCUCGUGAUCCACCCGUCUCGGCCUCCCAAAGUGCUGGGAUUACAGGCGUGAGCCACCGCGCCCGGCCCUAGGCAAAUCCAUUUUUAACCCGACUUAAUGCAGUGUAGUUAGCAAAACAUCAGAAGGCUUCAUCCUGUUGUCUUUAUACCUAAAAUGUUUUAAAAUGUGAACAUUUAUGUGAUACCAAGUAAACUUUCUAUGACCCAAAGAAGGGCUAGGAAUACAACCUUAUAGAUAUGUUCUAAUAUAUUAGAAAACAAUGGCUGGGCAUGGUGGUUCAGGUUUAUAAUCCCAGCACUUUGGGAGGCCAAGGCAGGAGGAUUGCUUGAGAUCAGGAAUUAAGACCAGCCUGGGCAAUGUAGUGAGACCCUGUCUUUACAGAAUAUUAAAAAAAAAAAAAAAAAUAGCUGGGUAUAGUGGCAUAUGCUUGUAGUUUGAACUAUCAGGAGGCUGAGGCAGGAGAAUCACUUGAGCUUGGGAGUUUGAGGUUGCAGUGAGCAUAAUCGUGCCGUUGUGUUCUGACUUGAGUGACAGACCCUGUCUCUUAACAAAAACGCCAGAUUGCUGUUUAGGUAGGCCUACCACAUUUGUGAUCUCUUGAGGCAAAUCUGUAUUGUAUCUCUAAGAGCAGUCAGCAGUCACUUAGAAGAUAAUCUGACUGUAAGAAAUGGUCUGCUGAAUCCCCGAUCUGGUAUUCUGCCUUGCCCAAUCACAACAUGGUUUGUGUAAAACUCCAACUGCUACUGAACCAUCAGAUAAUUCUUGAGGAAGCUGCGUCUCGUAAGGAGGUGUGUGUGUGUUUGAGGGAGUGUGGUGGGGAGAAGAAGGGGAAAGAGAAGAUGAUAUUAGGAAAAGAAUAUAGUUUUAUAGAUUGGGAUGAUCCCUGGAAUUUUUUAGAUGAAAUAUUCUCGAAGCUAUAAGAGCUACUUUUGUAUGGGUUAUCAGUUUGCUGAUUUAGACUAUUUCUUGUAAUUGGAUUGUUUUAUAUGUAAGCAAAAUAUUUCAAUUAAUUCAUGCAUGCUGAUUUCUGUGAUUACAAAUGUGAAAAGUUUGGCUGGUAGCUUAAGUGAACAUUUUCUUAAGAACUCUUGAAGUGGUGCCUUUUGGGAUAAACUAUGCCAAGCCAUUUUCUGAAUCUUCAUGAAGAAUGAGCUUUAUAUGCAUAUAUACUAAGACUGUUUUUAAAAAGCAUAUAUUUUACUGUUGGUAAUUGUAAAGUCCUUGCUUUUUAGAACUUUAAGAGUCUGUUUUGUUGCUACUACUGAAUGCUAAUGUGGUUAGGCUGGCAGCUAAACCUACAAAGAACAAGGGGAAGUGAGGAAAUGUCUCUGUGAAACAUUGCUUAAAACUAUUUGAGCAGUGGACUAGAAAUGGGGAGUUGGGGACUAGGGGACCUGAUUCUUGUUUUAUGUUCAAAGGAGAGUGAAGCAUUCUCUCCAUUGAGAAAUAACCUCCUUUAGUGUAUUUUCACUUUGGAGUUUUGUCACUCAUUCACCAAACAAUGAUUCCGGGCAUGUGCUAGGUGCUAGAAUAACAAAUAUUGGGCCUUGUCUGGUAGGGCAGAAAGGUAUGGUGGGUUCAACCAGCUAUGUUACAACUUCUAGAGAACCAAAAUAGUGUAAAGAAAGAGUGGUGUGGGAUUGUAGGAGGAGGGAGAAAUUCUAGGGAGAGGAGAAUGAUACACAGAGAAAGGUGAGCUUAGGGAAGACUUUUCAUAUAGGGGAGUUUGAGUAGGACUUAGAAGGGUGAGUUUAGCUGCAUUAACUGAUGGAGAAAAGGGGGGCUGAGAGGAAGGGCAUCAGAAAUCUGAUUUGAGAACUAGCAAGUGGAUUUUGCUCUGUUUGGAGAAUAGUGGACUGAUAAGGUUGUGGCCUGAUUGGGAAGAGUUUGUAAUUUCAUGCUUAUGAGUGUGGACUUAUUCUGUAGGCAUUUAGGAACUGUAAGAGAUUUGAGUAGGACAUCUCUGGUUUUUAAAAAUAUGACGUGAAGGUUGGACUAGAGACUUGUGAGACUAUUGAAUUGUGGUGUUAAAGGACAUAAAUUCUGGAGAUCAUUUUUAUUUCACAGUUGUCAGAUUUGGGUUACAAUUGAGUAAAGGGGAGUUAAAGAUUACAGUUUGGUUAUUGGGUGAUGAUGACGGCUUUAAGAUAGGGAAUGUAUAGGAAAAACAGGAUUUGAGGAGGAAGGUAAUAGAGUGUGAUUCCAGGUGUGUUUAGAUAUCCGGGAAUCAAGAAAUGUCAAGUAGGUACCUGGAUAUUUGGGCUGGAGCUCAAGGGGGCGUUGGGAUCAAUUAGGGGAUUUGCAUUUAUCAGUAUAAUGCCGUAUAGAAACUGCAGAAAGCCAGGCAUGGUGGCUCACACCUGUAAUCCUAACACUUAGGAGGCCAAGGCAGAGGAUCACUUGAGGCCAGGGGUUCAAUACGAGUCUGGGUAACAUAGUGGGACCCUGUCUCUAUAAAAAUUAUAAAAAUUUGUCAGGUAUAGUGGUAGCCACCUGUGGUCCUGGCUACUCAGGAGGCUGAGGCUGGAGGAUGACGUGAGCCCAGGAGUUUGAGGCUAUAGCAAGCUAUGAUAGGGCCAUGCACUCCAGCCUGGCUGUCAGAGUAAGACCCUGUCUAUAAGAAAAAAAAAGAAGAGGCAAAUAGUACAGGUUGAGUAUCUUUUAUCCAAAAUGCUUAGGACCAGAAGUGUUUCAGAGUUUUUUUUUUUUUUUUUCUUUUACUUUGUAAUGUUGAUAUAUACCCAUAAUGAGAUACCCUGGGGAUAGGGCCCAAAUCUAAACUAGAAAUUCUUUUAUGUUUCAUAUACAUCUUACAACUCAAAUGCAGUUUUAUACAAUAUUUUAAAUAAUUCUGUGCAUGAAACAAAGUUCUGAUUCCAUUCUGACUGUAAUAUGUCCCUGAGGUCAGGUGUGGAACUUUCCACUUGUGGCAUCAUGUCAAUGCUCAGAAAGUUUCAGAUUUUGGAGCAUUUCAGAUUUUGAAUUUUUGGAUUAGGAAUGCUUAACCAUAUCAAGAGUGAAGGAAAAAAAAAAACUAAGGGCAACCUUGGAGAGAGCAUCUACGUCUGAGGGUCAAGUAGAAGAAUAGAAACCUAUGAAGUAAGUUGAGAAAGAGUGGCUAAACAGAUAAGAUUAUAGGAUUGAAGACGCUGAAGAGAGGAAUGAGUGAAUCUUGACAGGGAAGUUAGCAGUGGGAAAUACCAGAGUUCACUGGUUUGGAGGGCAACGCCAGAGGAUUGCUUAAACUCAGCACUUCGAGACCAGCCUGAGUAACAAGAUGUCAUCUCUUAAAAAAAAAAAAAAUUCAUUGGAUAAAAACUGGAGUUGGCAUUUAAGAGAUAAAAGAUUUUCUGAAUGUGUACGUAUAUAUGUAUAUAUUGUUUUUCUAGGAACCAUGAUAGUUUAGACAGAAUAGAUUGCCAGAGCAUUACUAAAUACAGGGGUAGGGUCUACAGAACCUAACUUCGUAGAUGACCCAUGCUUAGAAAUAGGUCCUGUUCCUCACCAUCUCUCAUGGGAGUUGCAGCUAAAAUGCUUUGGGAGAUGAUCCCCAACAACAGGGCUGCCUAAAAAUCUCCAUAUAUAUUUUUUUGGCCCUUUUUUAUGUUGUCUUACGUUCUGAGAAUUGGAGAUUUCAUUUGAGUUGACAGUGUCUUAAAAUACAAAUUCCUCUUGCAGAGUUUUGAGGUUUCUGAUAUUAGUAUGUUAAGUAUGAGGGUUUUUAACCUAGGGUUUUAUGGUUCUGGGGUUCAUGUAUUUUUGUUAUGUGACCCUGAAUCCCUUAAAAUUGUAUGAAAAGUUAUGUAUGAGUGCCUGUGUGAUUUUUCUGGGGAUAGAGUCCACAACAUUUAUGAGAUUUUCAAGGGGGCUGUUGACAGAAAAGUCAAGGGCCUUUACGAAAUGUUAAUGAUUAAAUCAAGUGUUGGAUGUGUUAGUUGGCUGAAAUCAGUUAUCUUGACCACUGGGAUAGAUCAAGGGAAAGAAAUCUUGAGUAGGUGUCUCAGGUGAAGAACUUUAGAAAGAUAUGAGGAACUUCUUAGAGACGGGAGUAGGAGCACCAGAAGGAAGGUAGGAGGAAUGCCGAAGCAAAGCUUAACCAAUUUCAGAAUUUUGUCAAGUCUCUGGAUUCCUUGUUUUUUUUAUACUCUCGGACUCACACUUAGUAUAUGUUUAUUCAUGCUCUGUAGUUACAGUAGGCUUUGUGAGGUAGGGGAAUCAAAUUACUAUUGUUUUAAAGAGAAAGUAUUUUAAAGAAAAUAAAUUGAUAGAUUGUGCUUUUCGGAAAACAGUUUCUCUACCAAGCUGGCUCACUUGUCAAAAUUCAUUUUUAAGUUAGGUUUUGCUUAUGCUUUGGAAAAAAUUUUAAAUGCACAAAUAUUUCAAUCUAGUGAUACGGGGCAAGACAUUUAUUUUUUCCUUGCUUAACUUUUCUGACCAUGAAAUGAAACCACUAUUGAUGGUUUUUAUAGUGUCUUUCUGAAAUAUGACGAUUAUGGAAUACUUUGAGAUCCAAUAUGAUUUAAUGCUAAGAAAUUGCUGGCAUUCACAUUUCUAAAGUCAUGAAUAAAAUUAAGAAAUUGAAGCACAUUAUGUGUUCACUAGAUCUUACAUGAUUUCCAAAAUAUUUCAUUCUGAAAUUUUAGAUAACUGGUAAUUUUUACUUCCUUCUCCUAAUCUUUGGAUCUUUGAAAUUAAGAGACAGUUUUGUCAGCUAGGCCCUAGUUUCUGGGUCAGUGAUGUCCAAACUUUUGCUUGCCACCCUCAAAGUAAAAUAAAUAAUGCCACUUGGCAUUGAUUUGUGAUUUUUCUGGGGAGAGGGUCUACAAGUUUCAUUUAUUUUACCAGUAGUCUUGGUAACUAUGUGAAUAAAUAUGUUAGAUAAUCUUAAAGUUGUGUUAUGUGAUUUGUAAUUAGCUUGUGUUUGUGGAUGAUCUUUACAUUUACUAAAUCUAUGAAGGGCACAGAUAGAAUGGAGUAAUUUGUCUUUUCCUUUGGGAACUUUUUUUGGUUCUUUCUUUCAUUAAACAAUUAUAAAAUAAAAUUUUUGGCAACAGAUCUUCCAUGUAAAAAUAGCCCACACAUCAAAGAACUAGCCAAGAUUUGCUAAGCAAGAACACCAUCAUACAACUAGUCUCUUGACCCAAAACUAGCUGUAAGCACGAAGUCUAAAGAAGAAGUAAUUCUGAUCUAUUACCAGAAUUUUGUGGUAAAGUGGCUGAGUGCUAAAAUUGUUGUCUUUAAUUUUUGGCUCUAUAUUUUAAAAGUUUUUCUCCGUUGAAAUGUAUUGAUAGUGAAAAAUUUAGAAGAAAAACACUCCACAUUAGUGAUUAUCUUUGAUCUAUAAGCUUAUAGGUGAUUUUCAUUUUCUUUCUUGUACCUUCCAUUGUUUUUCAAGUUACCCUUAAUAAAAAUGCAUUAGCUUGUAUAAACAGAAGAAAUAAAUAUAGAUAGUACAAUUAUGGCCCUAAUGACUUCACUGUUAGAUUUUGGAUAGGCAAGUUACUUACCUUUACUGGGCCUUUUUCCCAUUUGAAAAAGGAGGACAGAAAUGAAAUUUAAAUAUUCUUCUAAAUUAAAGUUUCUUCCAAAAUUGAUCCUAAGUCUGUGUUACACGUUAAUAAAUAUAUUUUCCUCUUAAAAAGCUUAUGUCAUAUACGUUCAUCGUAGAAAUGAAGAAAAGUAGAAAUCAUAAUUCUGCAAUACAAAGAUAUUUUGAUAUGUAUGGUUUAGAAAUUUUUCUUUUCUUUUUUUUUUGAGACGGGGUUUCGCUCGUUACCCAGGCUAUAGUGCAAGGCGCCAUCUCGGCUCACCGCAACCUCCGUCUCCUGGGUUCAGGCAAUUCUCCUGCCUCAGCCUCCCGAGUAGCUGGGAUUACAGGCGUGCGCCACCAUGCCCAGCUAAUUUUUGUAUUUUUAGUAGAGACGGGGUUUCACCAUGUUGACCAGGAUGGUCUCGAUCUCUCGACCUCGUUACUCACCCGCCUCGGCCUCCCAAAGUUUUUUUUUUUUUGAGACUGAGUCUUACUCUGUCGCCCAGCCCUGGAGUGCAGUGGUGUGAUCUCAGCUCAUCGCAAUCUCCACCUCCCAGGUUCAAGUGAUUCUCCUACCUCAGCCUCCCCAGUAGCUGGGAUUACAGGCGCCUGCCACUGUGCCUGGCUAAUUUUUGUAUUUUAGUAGAGACAGGGUUUCACCAUGUUAGCCAGGCUGGUUUCUAACUCCUAACCUUAGGUGAUAUGCCUGCCUUGGCCUUCCAAAGUGCUGGGAUUACAGGCUUGAGCCACUGAGCCCGGCCAGUUUAGAUAUUUUUCUAAGCACACAUGGAUAUACACAAUACAUACUCACACUGUCAGUUUAUUUUCACCUUGAAACAUUCUUAAUGAGACAGUUACAGAUCCAUUUGUUUUAAUGAAACAUAAAAGAUAUUUAAAAUUUUUCUUUCCUAAUACAUAUUUGUUGAGGAAAUGCUUACUGUUUAAUGCUCUGUGUGGUUUUGCUGAGGUAAGGGUAACUUGGAGUACAGGUGUAAGGGCUUGCCCAUGAAAGCUUGCUUAGUGCAGAAUGAAAGCUAAAUACUGGGUUAACCUCAAUUUUGUUCACAUAUUAACUUGCUUUUUCUCCACUCUGCCAUGAUACUCCCUGAGCGAAAAUUUCUAUUUGCAGGAUAGUUUCUGAAGUGAAGAACCUGUCUCAAGAUAGCAUUGGUCUUUUAUUUACCCUGGGACCUUCUGAGUUGUUAGUCCCAUUGUCAACACAUGAAGUAUUAGUAGCAGCAAUAGUAUAACGCAGUAGUGUUAAAAAUACCUGUUUGUUUUUAGCAUCUGUAGGGUGUUCGAAAGAUUUUGUAUAUAUAAAAUAUAUUCAAAAUGCUGUGUAAUUCAAUUCAUACAGUCAAUGAAAUAUGUGAUAUAUAUAAUUCUAAUUCUGUGUAAAGAAUAACUGAACUUUCUCAAAGAUAUCUUUCUUAAAGAUUUUAUAUGGUGGAAUCCUGUUUAGAGCUAGUAGUGUAAUCCAAUUUUCAUGCCUACUCAUUUAAUUUUGUUUUUAAUCCCUUUGGUGGCUGUUUUUUUUUUUAUAUAUAUACAAAAUGGAAAGCAAAUCUAGGGUAGUUUCUUAGUUACUGCAUUUGGUUUCUAAAGUAACAUCAUUUUCCCUCAAGAUACAGUAAAGCCUAUAGAGGUGACAAUGACAAAAAAAAUCCAACUUGUUCAUUCUCUUCCCUUCUACUUUGAAAAAUUAGGAUCUUUUCCAAAAGAACUUUUAGAAUGUAUGCUUGACAAUUAAGAUUCUUAAAUCACUGUCUUUCAGACAUCAUGGAACGUGGAGAAUCUGAGAAUAAAAAAUACAAACUUUUUCUCUCUUAAACUUCUGUAUCUGAAAGGUAUGAAAGCAAGAGCUAAUUCUCACUUGAGAAUCUGCCACAGUGAUUGCUUACAUUCUGAAGAAAUCCAUUUUGUCGCCAAAUGGUAUUUUUCAUCUGAGGAUACAGAACCUGUGGAUGUAGAGGCCCAACUGAAGGGGACAUGAAUAUCUGUGGAUUUUAAUCCCUCCCCUUGCCCCCUGCAAAGGAUGACUAAAUCCAUCAGGUCUCCUCUCAAACACAAUUUCCUUGGGGAAGUUUUACCUGGUCUCCCUAUAUUUUUGCAUUUUUCCUUCAUCGUAGGUGGUCAUUUAUAUAAUUUUAUAUAAGUUUGCAUAUUGUUUGAUGGAUGUCUGUCCCACCAGAUUGUAAGCUCUGUGAGAGUAGAUACCGUGCUUCUGUGCAUUACCAAGCACAGGCCUGACACAUAACAAGCAGUGUUUAUUUGAAUGAUUGUAGAAACCUGGCAAAACUCAUUUGUAACAUUGUACCUUAUGCUUUUGUGGAUCUAAUAUUUUAUAAUUUUAGGAACUCGGGGUGGGAAGAGAUUCUAAAUCAUCUAAGACAGCUCUGCUUUCCAAAGUUGAAAGUCUUCAGUCUCUCCUUGAACACAUUCAAUGAUAGGAAAUGUAACCACCUACCAAAAGUCUGGUUAGUCUUUAAGAUAUUUUGAUGGUUAGAAAAUUUUUGUUAAGGCAGUGCUGUGGGAAAAAAAAAUUUUCUAACUGAAAGUUCUCUUUUUUUUUGAGACAGGGUCUCUGUGUUGCCCAGGAGGUUGCUCUCAAACUCCUGUGCUAUAGGGAUCCUCCUGCCUCAGCCUCCCAAGUGGUAUCCCUAAAAUUUUUACCUACUGAUUUUACUCUGUUCUGUAUGGCUUGCAAAAGCAAGUAUAGUUUUCAUUUUCCUUAUUGUCUGAGUUGUCCCUAUUUUAGUUUACAUAUCCCUAGAUCCUUCAAUCUUGGGAAGGUAACGGAAUGCUGGAGAGUUUGUGGACUGUAUUCAUUUCCUGGGGCUGCCAUGAAACCACAAACUUACUGGUUUUAAGAGACAGAAAUGUUUUCUCUCACAGUUCUGGAGGCCAGCAGUCUGGAAUGAAGGUGUCCACAGGGCAGCACUCCCUCAGGAGGCUCUGGGGGAGAAUCUGUUCUUUUUCUCUUCUAGCCUUUGGUGGUGUUCCUUGACUUGCGGCUGCAUCAUUCCAGUUUCUGCCUCCAUGGUCACAUUGUCUCCUCUCUGUAUAAUCUCUAGCUGCUUCACUCUUAAAAGGACACUUGUCACUGGAUUUAGGACCCACCUAGAUAAUUGAGGAUGGUCUCAGAAUUCUUAGUUACAUCUCUAAAGACCCUUUCUUCAAAUGAGGUAAUAUUCCCAGGUGCCAGUGGUAAGCAUGUGGACAUACCUUUUUGGGAGCCACCAUUCAGUCCACUAUAGGACUCUGGGCUUAUAUUUUGUUAAUGCCACUUACUAAGUUUGCAACCUUGAGCAUGUUAAUUGACCUUUGUGAGUCUGAAUCUUCUUAAUUUUAUUUAUUUUUAAAUUUAUUACUUUUUUAGAAACAAAGACUAGCGCCGUCUCCCCAGUUGGAGUGCAGUGGUACAAUCAUGGCUCACUGUUGCCUCAAACUCCUGGGCUUAGGCAAUCUUCCUGUCUUAGCCUCCUGAGUAGCUGGGACUUCGGCAUGUGCCACCAUGCCCAGCUAAUGUUUUCAUUGUUGUUUUAGAGACAGGAUCCUCCUGUAUUGGCCAGGCUGGUCUCAAACACCUGGCCUCAAGUAAUCCUCCCACCUUGGCCUCCCAUAGCAAUGGAAUUACAGGCAUGAACUACCGUCCCUGGAUGAAUUGCCUUAAUUUUAAGGCAGGAACAAUAAUGCCUUUAUUAUUGAUUUGUGAAGAUAUAAGGAAAAUUCAUAUGAAGUACUUGGCACAUGGCAGCUAACUUAUUCAAUGUUGCCAGUGUUGCCCUUUACUUACCAAACUACUGUGACUAUAAUGCACUGCUGUCAGGGUCCCUGAGUAUCCUGUGUGGUGUAGAACCCGGCACAAGUUGUAGGGCUGGUCUGAUAAAUACAGACUACAGUGGCUCUGAUUUUAUUGUGUUCUGGACACCAUUUAGCCAACUGUGAGGUAGUCUAAGUUUGAAUUAGGUUUAUCUGUAGCCACAUCAUACAAUUGGCUCAUUAAACCUAGAAUUGGUCAAAACCUCUAAAUCUUUUUCAUUGGUGAUUCAACCUGUAUUGGAUAGUUAAGUGUUUAGACCCAAGGGCAACCUCUAACAUAUUACAUUGUGUGUUACAAGUGUUACAUUAAAUCAUACUGCCUAGUGCAUAGUAGGAGUUGAAUGAAUGCUGAAUUUAACGUUGCUGGGUGACUUAAAGGAGCAUUUAAACUUACCUGCUUUGGUGCUAUUCAGAUUUCUUAAAUACUGUGAUGAAUACAAAAAGGGAAAGAAGUAGCAACCACACCAAUUAUAUUGGACAGAUGGAUGCAUCUUGAUUCUCCUUCUGUAAUCAGGAAAUCAGGUGCUGCUUCAGUUCCUGGUCCAGAACUUUACACAGAAAAGGUGCUCAAAGGAUAUUUGUUUAAUGAAUGUGGUAUGCUGACAUUUAAACAGGACAAAACUUGGCUCAGUGGCUUGCAUCUGUAAUCUCAGCUAUUCGAGAGGCUAAGGCAAGAGGACUGCUUAAGCCCAGGAGUUCGAGACCAGCCUGACCAACAUGGAGAAACCCCGUCUCUACUAAAAAUACAAAAUUGGCCAGGGAGGGAGCUGGAAAAGCAUGAUACACAAUUUAAGACAAGUGCCACCAAAGGCUAGUGUUGGCGAAUGAGCUCCACCAAACCAUUGUUUAAAGUGAAGAAGCAGUCGUCUGAGGCAUUUCUCUCACCAGUGGCGGUAGGGGGAGGCCUCCACCAGCAUCAGGGAAUCUUCACUGGAUGCAGCUGACCCACCCUCCUGACUGCUCAGUCUUCCCACCACUGUUCAUCCUUUAUUUACGUUCAGAUGUGUUCAGCACUAGAGAUGAGCUGGCUGUAUUUAUUUGGGUCUGUUUCUGGGAUCCCUCUUCUGUUACAUUGGUCUAUUUGUCUGUUGUUUCACCAACAUCACACCAUCUUGAUUACUGUAGCUUUAUGUAGAACUUCAUGGAGGAACACGGAGUGACCCAAACUGAACAUAUGGCUACCAUAGAAGCACACGCAGUGGCCCAGCAGGUGCAGCAGGUCCAUGUGGCUACUUACACUGAGCACAGUAUGCUGAGUGCUGAUGAAGACUCGCCUUCUUCUCCCGAGGACACCUCUUACGAUGACUCAGAUAUACUCAAUUCCACAGCAGCUGAUGAGGUAACAGCUCAUCUGGCUGCUGCAGGUCCUGUGGGAAUGGCCGCCGCUGCUGCUGUGGCAACAGGAAAGAAACGGAAACGGCCUCAUGUAUUUGAGUCUAAUCCAUCUAUCCGGAAGAGGCAACAAACACGUUUGCUUCGGAAACUUCGAGCUACAUUAGAUGAAUAUACUACUCGCGUGGGACAACAAGCUAUUGUCCUCUGUAUCUCACCCUCCAAACCCAACCCUGUCUUUAAAGUGUUUGGUGCAGCACCUUUGGAGAAUGUGGUGCGUAAGUACAAGAGCAUGAUCCUGGAAGACCUGGAGUCUGCUCUGGCAGAACACGCCCCUGCGCCACAGGAGGUUAACUCAGAACUGCCGCCUCUCACCAUCGACGGAAUUCCAGUCUCUGUGGACAAAAUGACCCAGGCUCAGCUUCGGGCAUUUAUCCCAGAGAUGCUCAAGUACUCCACAGGUCGGGGAAAACCAGGUUGGGGGAAAGAAAGCUGCAAGCCCAUCUGGUGGCCUGAAGAUAUCCCCUGGGCAAAUGUCCGGAGUGAUGUUCGCACAGAAGAGCAAAAGCAGAGGGUUUCAUGGACCCAGGCACUACGGACCAUAGUUAAAAACUGUUAUAAACAGCAUGGGCGGGAAGACCUUUUGUAUGCCUUUGAAGACCAGCAAACGCAAACACAGGCCACAGCCACACACAGUAUAGCUCAUCUUGUACCGUCCCAGACCGUAGUCCAGACCUUUAGUAACCCUGAUGGCACUGUCUCACUUAUCCAGGUUGGUACAGGGGCAACAGUAGCCACAUUGGCUGAUGCUUCAGAAUUGCCAACCACAGUCACUGUUGCCCAAGUGAAUUAUUCUGCCGUGGCUGAUGGAGAGGUGGAACAAAAUUGGGCCACGUUACAGGGAGGUGAGAUGACCAUCCAGACAACGCAAGCAUCAGAGGCCACCCAGGCAGUGGCAUCAUUGGCAGAGGCCGCAGUGGCAGCUUCUCAGGAGAUGCAGCAGGGAGCUACAGUCACCAUGGCGCUUAACAGCGAAGCUGCCGCCCAUGCUGUCGCCACCCUGGCUGAGGCCACCUUACAAGGUGGGGGACAGAUCGUCUUGUCUGGGGAAACCGCAGCAGCUGUCGGAGCACUUACUGGAGUCCAAGAUGCUAAUGGCCUCUUUAUGGCAGAUCGUGCAGGUCGCAAGUGGAUCCUGACUGACAAAGCCACAGCCAUCAGUAUUUUUCUCACAACUAAAGCUAUUUCCAUGACCAACUUGGAAGGCCUUUGGGCUGAAAGAUUCAGUUACAGCAAACAACAAUUCCCAAAGGUUUCCCAGGCUGUGAGGGCAAAUGAAAGGCCCAUUCUUCCUCAGGCUGUCUGUCCUGCUCUAUCUUGUCUUGGAGUGAGGGGAGGGCCAGCUCUGCUGCUGGAUAACUUUGACAGCCCUGCAGCACUGUGCUCUGCUUGGCUCAAGCCUGUUAGUUUCUGGAGGAGUUCAGAAAUAUAUCAGGGUGAUGACAUCACAUCAGACUGCCCUGAUCGUAUUUUCAACACUCUUACUAUUGAGGAGUGGUUUUGCCUGGUUGCUUAUUGACCAGUGUGCUAGAUUAGCAACUGCUUUGUCUACAUCAUGGUGCAGUGCCAGUGCCAGUCCUGGCCAUCGCUGUUUCAGACGGGAAGCUGCCUGCCAGUCCGUCUGCUUUGAUUUCAUGGCUUUUAUCUCUCAUCUUUACAUCUUCGAAGGCCUUUGACGGAUGAUAUGCUUCCUGGCAGGAGAAAAUCACUGCUGAAAGGAGAUCUGUGCUGUCUCUGCUGUUCUUUCUGUUUCUUGAGAGCUUUAGUCUAACGUCUGUGACCCCAGCCAGACUCCAUCAAACGUCGUACUCAAAGUCAUCUUCGAAAAGCAGUGGCGUUUAUUAUAUCCCUACUAUGUGCCAAGCACUGUAGUAGAUUUACUCUGUCAUCCCCUGUGGUUCAGCAGCCCUGUGAGAUGAGUGUUCACCAUUUUCUAUAUGAGGAAACAGGCUCACAAGCCAUUAAAUAGCAGAACCAAGGUUCACAUGUAGGUCUUUUUGACUCAGAAGCCUUUAAUGGAAAUAAACAGCCUGUUUUUUCCUCACAUAAAAUGCACCUGAACUACCGCACCAUAAGAAUGUUGUUGUGGAGAAAAUUCGGCUUCAUUCUGGAUCAGAGUCAAAGCUGUUAAGGCUGUUCGGUCUGUGGAGGGCAAGACUAAAGGGAGCAGCACCAAGUUUCUGAAAAUUAUGAAGAGUAUGAUCGGUUACACAUUUUCAUAUACUCAGUUAUUGAGCACCUACUGUGUUCCAGUUGCUCAGCAUUCAAAGACAGUCCUGCCAACAAUGCAAGCUUGCAGAUUUAUAGAGAGAAAAGCAGCAACUCCUUGGGAACAGGUCAGCACAUACCAGGGGCCAAAUGAAUGGUGGCGGCAAAAAAGUCACAGGAGGGAGAAACCUGGUGGGCUGUCCCCUCAGGCAACCCCAUGCACUGUGUGGAAACUGUCAGAAGAACUGGACUGAGUGGCAGGGCAUAUUUCCAGACAGAGGAACCUGCCUGAGGAAGCUCACGUGGUAUCCAGGGGACACGUGGCUGUAAUGAGAGGAUGGUGUAGGGUGUUUAUGGAAGAGGCUAUAUGUAAACUCCUCCAACUGUUAGCUAUUUGUAUUUUAUUUUCCUGAUAGGAGGAAGCAAAGGAAUUUUUUUGGUGGGAUGGGAUGGCUUUUUCCAAACAAUAUUUGACAAUGUAGUUAACCAUGUUAUAUAUACUUCUUCAUCCAAUAAUACUGAAUACUGAAAGAAGUUAGCCUUGGGAAAAAUUAAUUCCCCCAAAUAAAUAAAUUCCAUUUCCAUGUAUACAUGCACAUAUGCGUAUAUGUGUAAAUUCCAUAUACAAUAGGCAAGUGAUGAAACUCGCUGCCCCAGGAGAGAUCUGGAAUAGAGUAGAUUGGCUCGUGAAUGAUAAAUCUAGAGUGUACAAGGCUGUGACCCUAACCUUUAAAGUAACUCUCAUUGGCGCCCCUGGUCUACCACAGUGUUCCCCUGGUGCCGCCAUCAGAGACAGACCACUAUAAAGCGUCAUGCUGCUCACUCUGCAGCGUGCAAGGCCAGGCUUCUGAGUAGAUACAAUCUGCCACCCUUGUAAUGUGAUUUGAGAGGCAUCACUUUGUAUGGAAGUUUUAAAAGAUCCCUUUGGCAAGUGCUAAGGUAGGGUGAUCACAAAGGAAGGCAAAGGGUGGUAGUGUUCGUCUGGGGAGGCAGGAGGAAAAGUGUGGAAUUUGGGGUCUGUAUUCAAAGGGAGAGCAUUAGCUGGUGUGUUGGAUGUGAAGUCAAGGAUGACUUCAAAGCUUUUGGCCUGAGCAACUAGAAGAAUGUCAUUGUCAUUCAUUUGGGAAGAGAGGGACUUAGGAAAAGCAUGUUUCACCAUUUUAGCUCAAGAGUGAUA